AACAGUUAUUAGGAAAAUUAAUUUCGAAAUUUGAAUUUUAUACCUUUAGUAGAAGCAAAACCCGCAUUGCAAAACUCGUAAUGCCAACAAAAUCGGUUCACAAAUGGAUGUCCGAUGAAAUGGAGCGGCUGUCGACGAAAUUUGCACGCUAUAAGCCCAGCUGCAAUGGCUACAAUCGCAUACAACCUGUGCUGCUGUCACGUAGUGUCACCCAAAUGUUGAAUAAUCCAUUACCAGUUGAGGAUCAAAUAGGCAGCACCAUGAUGGCGAGCCAACAACAUCAAAAGCAACAGCAGCACAAUCAGUACCAACACCAACAACAGCAAGGACACGUACGUCCAAAAGGUGUGCUGAGUCGCUCCGAAGCCGAAUGGGAAGAAGUUUAUCCGACUGUACAAUUCAGUAGAAGCGAUUGCUGUGAGCAGGACGGCAAGACUACACAGCGAAAAUUCGCGUACUAUCGCAAUUGUUCAACAAGGAUAAGUUAAAGAGCCUGCACAGUGGUGCAUUUCAAUUUAUAAUUUCAAUGAGAGCAAUGCGUUUUUAGUACUGCCAAAAUAAAAAUGUAAUAAUGUAUAGAAAAUAUUUAGUAUUAGUUUUUGCAAGUGUAAUGUGUUGCAAAUAUAACAGAUUUAGAUAUGCAUACAUAAAUCUUAAGGAUUAUAUUGUGUUUUGUGUUUGUGUUUUAGAUAAAAGAAAACUUUGAAAAAUAAAACACAUUUGUUCUCUU